CCUGCCUUCCGCACCGGAGCAAGACGGGGCCGCUCGCUCGCCUUCGUCUCUUCCUUUGGAGGACUCGGUGACCUCAGAAAGUGUCCCAAGGAGGUAUGCAACAAACAAAGAAAUGUGAAGGCACACAUUUGAAAAAUGGAGUGGCUGAAAGCAUUGGUAAAAGAAUUUCUUCAGGCUCUCACAUGAAAGAGAAGUCUGUGACACAGAAAAGGAAGACAUUGUCUACUUCAUCUACUUCUCCGGAUUCUGUAAUUAAGCCACAGCCCCGGCCCAGUGACAGACUUAAUCCCAAAACGAUUGAUCCGUUUGGUGUUCAGUCAAGAGCUCCGACUGCCUUUGCUGCCAUUUACUCCAAAGGGGGCAUUCCUUGCAGGUUAGUUCAUGGCUCUGUAAAACACAAACUUCAGUGGGAUUGUCGUCCUGAAACCCUUCAGUUUGAUCCUCUUCUCAUAACUUUAGCAGAGGGGCUAAGGGAGACCAGGCACCCGCAUACGUUUGUAUCCAAGGAAGGCUUUAAAGAAUUGCUCUUGGUGGAAGGUGCUGCUCAGAAAGCCAUUCCAUUGUUGCCCCGGCUUGUUCCAGUGUUAAAAACUGCUCUGGCCCACUCCGAUGGUGAAGUAUUUGAAAGGGGACUGAAUGCUUUAGUGCAGCUAAGUGCUGUUGUUGGCCCGUCGCUUAAUGAUUAUCUGAAGCAUCUACUUUCAAGUCUUUCAAAGAGACAGAUGAGCAAGAAGUUCAAAGAGCAAACUACAGAGGCUUUACAAAAGCUGGAACAGUAUGGUGGAAAGGAAAGUUUAACUAUUAUCAAAUCUAAAAUCCCAACGUAUUGUUCAAUUUCCUCCUGAAGAGAGAAGUGAUGAAGAAGCUGUUUGAAACUAUUUGGUGAUAGAUUUCCACUGUUCUCUAUCUAUCAGGGAAAUAAAGGAGUAAUAUUAUAAAAAAGAUAAUGUUAAAAUGAAAAUGUAUUCAAGACAUUUAAUUAUGAGAAACAUCAGAAGUGGCAUUAUUGUUGUUUCAGUACUUCUACCAGGAAUUGUUAAUCAUUCUGUCUACUUUGUUAUACUACUAAUGGGGUUAUCCAUCUUUAUCAAAUAAUAACUACCAAGGAAAUAUGAAUACUUACUUGCUGUGUUUACAUGUUCUUAAAUGGAGGUAUAGGAUAUGUUUAACAAAUGUGAUGCACUAGAAAUUGAGGACGUAAUCCAGCCAAAGUUAAGCACUUUGUUUGGUAGAAGAAAGGUAAGCAUGUCCUAAAGCUAAUAGUACCUGAAAGUGUUUAAUGUUGCCUGGAUUAUUAAUUUAUUUUUAAGCAGAUAUCAAGUCAUUGCUAAGUCACAAAGAUAUAUUUAUUUUUAUACUUUCAGAUUAGGGGAAUGUUUCUUUCUCUAUAGGUUCUGGAGAGGAAAAUGUAUAAAGGAUGUUUCACUGACACUGAGAUCUGUCUUAGUGCAAACGUUUAACAUGCUAGGAUUACUUAACUCUUGCAUUAAAAACAUAGAUUUUAAGUAUUACAGGAUAACUUAAAGCAUUCAACAUGUGCUUCAAGUAUUAAACUUAUAAUAAAUAUGUUUUGUGAACACUUACUUCACAGAUGUUCUUUUAAAAAGUGAACAAAACAACAAGAAA